AUGGUUUUCUCCAGUCUCGAUCCGGGGCGCCAAACCUAUCACCUGUGGCGCCGCUUCUCCAUGCCCACAGAGCACGGGUCCAGAGACGCCAUCGCGGUACCCGCCAAUGUCGCCAACGAACUCAACUCGGCAUAUACCUUCAUGCUACAGUUGAUCAUAGUCGACUUCUGGGUCAUUCUGAUUCUGGCAGGCGUUGUGCUCUUCCUGGGCAAGGAGAAACACAGCCAUAACAGUGGGGUGAUAGCCACGGGAAUCUGGAAUUCCAGGGACUCACCAAGCGUCAUCUGCAAGCUGACCGGCUCCUAUUUCUUCAAGAUCAAAGACCGACGGCGUUUCCAUCUGUUUUGGUGGACGGUGCUGGCAGCCGGUUUUGUGGUCGCCAUCUAUGCCAUCCCAAUCAAGGUCGCGCCGUAUAUCAUCAUUGACAAUGCCGCGCCCGUAGCCGCCUCCGCCGUCUAUGUUCCAUCAUUGAGUAACACCCCGGACGAGAAGAACGGUGUGCAGAUCAACGCGCUCGAGGCGCCAUCGGCGUUUCGCGCUGCGGGAAGUGUCUUGGUCGCCAACUCCACAGGCCGCACGCAUGUAUUCAUCGAUCCGCCCGAGACGCUUCAAGACCUGGGCGACGGCGAGGCAGUCAUACGCGUUGGAUACAACUAUACCAUCACUGGCGUGGACUUUGGCCUGCAGCAUUAUCCUGACCUCGUGCUGAGCGUCCAAGGGUCGUGCCAGACGGACUAUUCGUGGCUCCUGGCCGAGUCGGUAGAUGAUUCUAACAUCAUCAAUGACGAAUACCUGCUUUUCAACGAUCCCGAUGAAGGCACCCAGAAUGUGUCAUUCUACGAUAGCGCCAGGCCACUGGGCUACUUUUUCCAGGGACUUGCCUCGCCCACAGGGCCCGCCGGCAAUUGGACCUGGGGUGCACUAGUCUCCUCUGUGCAGCGCCAGAGCAUCACAGCCGGCACAGAUCCUUGGUAUCUUACUGUUGCUGAUGGCGGCAGCGACGUGGGAUUCAUAGUCAAAGGCGGACGACCCGCACUUUCGUGCUGGCAGAACGACGUCUGGUCGUAUCGUGGGCAUCAAAGCACAGCUGUGGCUCUCGAUUCGACGUCCCUGCCUGGGCUGAAUCUCUCACCAGGACUGCAAAACGUCUUGGCUCGCUUUCUGUCGUUGCCCAAGAUCGUGACAUUGGCCACUCGCCUCGGGGCCUCAGCGCUGGUGUCCACCGAUACUUCGCUGGGCGAAAAGUUUGAUGCUGGCGCGUCCAGCUUCCACGACGACCUGCAGCGACUGGUGUUCGCCUCAUAUAUCGCCACAAUGAACACGCUUACCGAUACGACCCUGUUCUCCACAAACAACUACGGUCUCCCGAACCAGGUCAUCGGGUCUGACGGCGGUCCCGACCCCGGGGUCGACGCGUUCGUCAUCUGGAGCAGCAAUGUGUCAACAUUGUCAAUUCUUACCAUCAUUAUCAUCCCCGUCAUGACAGUCGUCAUGAAGUUGGUCGUUUGGGCUCUCACGGACCUGCCCUUUUCCUGGUACCGCAUCCAGGCUUUGCAGGCGACGGUGCUGUAUAGUUGUCUCCACGAAAAGGCAACAGGAAUCAAUGACGUCGAGUGCAACCGACAAGGCGAUCGACCAUGGGUCAAACAAGGGGACCACGAGCAGGCUGUUUUCAGGCCGCGCUUCGACAGGGAGAGUCGAACACUUAGCUGGGGUGCAGCAGAGUAUGUUAAGUUUCAAGUUUGUUUCUUUCAACUGCCACUUCCCUCCGUACUAUCACUGCUCGCAGGCUUCCUUGGCUUCACUUGA